CACACGACUCUGGAGCCCCGACCGUAUCCUUUGUGAACAGAUCGCUCAGCGAAAAGCAUUUCCCCCCACCCAGAACGUGUUGUUUUGAUGGCCCUGCGCACUGGGACGACUUGGUUUGGUCAGGUCUUGCGCAGAGUUAGGCUGCAGGGAUCCUGGUCCCGGCGAUCGAGCAGCUUGCUCUGCCUGUCCGCCUCCGAGAAAGCCAUCGAAGAGGACCAGUACGUCUCGGAUAACUUGAGCAAUCGCUGCCGGGAUCCUGGCUGCUGUACCCGGGCUUUCUCGGUGGACCUCAGGCGUUUGGAGAAUAGCAGGGGGAGCGGACAUGAGCCGCUCAAACGCCGUUUUUUGGAGGCCAUGAAGCGGCAGAACGUGCGAACUCUAUCCUUGAUCAUCUGCACGUUCACUUAUUUGCUGGUUGGAGCCGCUGUCUUCGAUGCCCUCGAGUCCGAGUUCGAAAUGGAGCAGGGUGGGAAGCUGAAGGAACAGCAGAUCGGACUCAAGGGCAAGUACAACAUCAGCGAUGAAGAUUACAAGCAAUUAGAGGUGAUCAUCAUGCAAGCGGAGCCGCACAGAGCCGGGGUUCAGUGGAAAUUCGCCGGCUCCUUUUAUUUUGCUAUCACGGUGAUCACAACUAUAGGGUAUGGCCAUGCAGCUCCAGACACAGAUGCAGGUAAAGCUUUUUGCAUGUUUUAUGCUGUGCUGGGAAUACCACUGACCCUAGUCAUGUUCCAGAGUCUGGGAGAACGGAUGAACACAUUUGUCAAGUACCUUUUGAAACGGAUAAAGAAAUGCAUUGGCAUGAAAAGCACUGAUGUGUCCAUGGAGAACAUGGUGACUGUGGGUUUCUUCUCUUGCAUGGGGACCCUGUGCAUUGGAGCAGCUGCCUUUGCGCACUACGAAGACUGGAACUUCUUCCAUGCAUACUAUUACUGCUUCAUUACAUUGACUACAAUAGGGUUCGGGGACUAUGUGGCUCUGCAGAAAGACAAGGCACUGCAAAAAAGGCCGCUCUAUGUGGCCUUCAGCUUUAUGUACAUUUUAGUCGGUUUAACGGUUAUUGGAGCCUUCCUCAACUUGGUGGUUCUCAGGUUUUUGACCAUGAACAGUGAAGACGAGCGGCGGGAUGCUGAAGAGCGAGCGUCUUUGGCAGGCAAUAGGAACAGCAUGAUUAUCCACAUCCAGGAGGACGCCCAACAGGGCCGACAGCGAUACAAAGCCGAAGUGACAGACCUGCAGUCUGUUUGCUCCUGCAUGUGCUACAGGUCUCACGAGUAUACCAAUCAGGUGGUCUCGCACCAGAAUUCCUUCAGCUCGCAGUUAAACCCUCAGUACUUUCACUCGGUAUCUUACAAGAUAGAAGAGAUUUCACCGAGUACAUUGAAAAACAGUCUGUUCCCCUCCCCUGUGAGCUCUGUGUCGCCGGGUUUACACAGCUUCAACGAAAACCACAGGCUCAUGAGAAGGAGGAAGUCCAUUUGAGACUCUUUUUAUUUUGAUUUGUCAUUGAGCGCGCUGGAGAAGAAGCAGCAAAAAAAAUAGAAGCCUUUCUCUGAGACUCAAAAACCAAGCAUGAAGCAUGGUUAGUAACAGCUCCAAAGCAGCGACAAUAUGCCUUACAGGAGGCAGCUGGAGUUUUAGGAACAAGCAACACAUUGCGCAUCCAUCAAAACUACUUGCAAAUGGACGUGUUUGAUUGGUGUUAAUCUACUUUAAAGGAACAUUAAAUUGUUAGAAUGAGGGAGUGUUCUGGAUGAAAGUGGGAAAUGUGAGGAAACAAUGCAUCAGGUACUAAUUUUGUAAAACAGUUUAAAUGCCGCAUUUCAGAAUUAAUCGACAGAACAGAAUAACCUAAAUUGUGUUGCUGAAAAAAAGCAUGCGCGUUAACACAUGAAGCUGUCAGUAUACCGGAUGUGCCAUUGUAUUUUGAAAAGCUGGCUCUUUAAUAAUGGAUUGUAAAGUGCGGAAAGAUCAUUUUAGC